UACAUGUAUGGUAUGUUCAUUUCACAGGGUCAGAUAGAGGCUAUGCAGGUGGAUAUGCAACCAGAAGGCAGUGACAGCCCCGAGGAGCUGGCCUACACCGUAGACAAUCCUACACUGGAUUUAGACGGGUACGCAUCCAGUUACUCAGGGCUAGCGAAGAUCAAUCGGUUGCUGUUUGUCGCUGCGCAUUGUCCGUCGCUGAAGAUUGAAGCACUACGGAUCGCUCUAAGCUACACCCAGUCUACCUACAACACACCCAUGUACCAGAUCAUUCAACGCAAGCUCACAGAAGCAGUUUCCAGCACGUCCAUUCUACCAGACGCGGUUGCCGGGGUUGUCCACAACGUGCCACCGUUUGACACCCAGUGGGUUGAAACGACCAAUAAGAAGGCAGCGUUGAAGCUGGAGAAGUUAGACACUGACCUCAAGAACUACAAGAGUAACUCUAUCAAAGAGAGCAUUAGGCGAGGGCAUGACGAUCUAGGCGAUCACUAUCUGGAUCAAGGAGACCUGAGCAGCGCCCUCAAGUGUUACUCUAGAGCCAGGGAUUACUGCACCAGCGCCAAGCACGUUGUCAACAUGUGUCUCAAUGUCAUCAAGGUCAGCAUCCAUCUUCAGAACUGGUCCCACGUGCUCAGCUACGUCAACAAGGCUGAAGCAACUCCUGAGAUAUCCGAGGGACACCGAGAUUCUAAGGAUAAUCUGACUGUCGUCACCAAGCUGAAGUGCUCUGCUGGUCUAGCGGAGCUCGCUAUGAAGAAAUACAAGCCAGCCGCCAAGUACUUCCUACAGGCUGUCUUUGAUCACUGUGACUUCCCCGAUUUGCUGUCGGCCAACAAUGUAGCUAUGUAUGGAGGUCUGUGUGCUCUGGCGUCGUUUGACAGGCAAGAGCUGCAGAAGAACGUCAUCUCCAGUAGUUCCUUCAAGUUGUUUCUGGAGUUGGAGCCACAGCUCCGUGACAUCAUCUUCAUGUUUUACGAGUCCAAGUACGCGUCCUGCCUGAAACUCCUGGACGAAAUCAAAGACAACCUGCUGCUUGACAUGUACCUGGCACCGCACGUCAACACGCUGUACUCACAGAUCAGAAACAGAGCUUUGAUUCAGUAUUUCAGUCCGUACGUAUCGGCGGACCUAUUGAAGAUGGCAGCCUCGUUCAACACCACCGUGUCAGAGCUUGAGGAUGAGCUAAUGCAGCUGAUACUGGACGAUCAAAUCAACGCCAGAAUCGACUCACACAACAAGAUUCUUUAUGCAAGGGACGUGGACCAGAGGAGUUCAACAUUUGAAAAGUCUUUGGCGAUGGGCCUGGCAUUCCAGAGACGAACAAAGGCUUUAAUACUGAGGUCAGCCAUGUUGAAGAACGAUAUCAUCGUCAAGAUUCAGCCCCAAGGGCAGGCACAGCCUUGAAAUCUGAGUAAAAACAGAAAAGCCUACCAAGGGAUGGCUGUAACGCAGCAGACAGCAUGGUGGGGAUCAGCACUGGCACUCCUACUUGACAGACUGACUGGUCCACGGACGUCACAGAG